CUGCGGAGAAGAAAGGAACAAGAGCCCAUGCAGAGAGCGACUGAGUCGUGUUGAGACGUCAUUUCUUGCAGGCUUCAAGACAGACAAAGAGAGCUAAAUCUCUGGUUCCUCUUCCGAUCGGUGUGAAAACGGCAUCUUUUGAAGAAGAAAUUUACUACAACGAAGCCUUAGAAUUGCUUAAAAAUGGGUGGCAUAUUAAGCAUAAGUAGCUUGGCGUGUUGCUUCACCAGUGCCGCGUGCAGUGCGGGCUGUUCCCUUUGUAACCUUUGUCAGAACUCCACCAUGGCUAAACUGAACUAUGCGCUGAUACUUUUGUUCACAUUGAUCGUAUCUUGCAUCAUGUUGGCUCCAGGGGUUCAAGAUCAGCUCACAAAGGUCCCAUUUUGCGAGGAGAGUACCACCACUUUGGGUCGAAUUGCCGAGUACAUGCCUGGCAGCCACAACAUUAAGAUCAAAUGCGAGGAUGCCAUUGGAUAUCUGGCCGUUUAUCGAGUUUGCUUCGUUGUGACCAUGUUCUUCUUACUGCAAGCAUUGAUCAUGAUCGGGGUUAAAAGCUCCAGAGACGGUCGAGUGGGGCUUCAGAACGGAUUCUGGGGAGUCAAGUAUAUUCUGAUUGUGGGAGGGAUCAUUGGAGCUUUCUUCAUCCCACAUGGUAGUUUUGGACAGACCUGGAUGUAUUUCGGCUUGGUGGGAGGAUUGGCCUUCAUUUUGGUCCAAUUGGUGCUCAUCAUUGACUUUGCUCAUACCUGGGCGGAAACUUGGCAAGAGAACUACCAUGAAACCAACAAUCAGAAUUGGUUCUAUGCCCUCUUGACUUGUACAUUUGCCUUCUUUGUCCUGGUCUUGGUCAUGAUUGGAUUCUGUUUCGCUUACUACACUGGUAUCCAAGCUGGGGAUUGCAAACUCCACGAAUUCUUCAUCUCAUUCAACAUGAUCUUGUGCAUCAUCUUGAGUGUGGUCUCCGUUCUCCCAAUGGUUCAAGAGCAUCAGCCUCAUUCGGGUUUGCUUCAGGCGUCCUUUGUGUCCCUCUACAUCAUGUAUCUCACUUGGUCCGCCAUGACCAACCAACCCGACAAGCUCUGCAAAUCCGAUGUGUCAGCCAUAAUCAUGGACAAUUUCAAGCGAUCCAAUCACAGCGCCAUGGACGGAAUUCCGAAUUUCCAUGUCGCCCCUAAGGACAACGAUCAUCCGACCAUGGACACUGUCAGCAUCUUUGGCCUCGUGAUCUGGUUCUGUUGCGUGUUGUACUCCUCGAUUCGUUCAUCCUCCAACUCUCAAGCGGCGAAACUCACCAUGGGCACAUCCGAUGCUGUGGCGCUGACUGAGUCGGACUACAAUAACCGUGACCCCGAGGGUCAGGAAUCCGGUGAUGCCAAUGAAUCCGACAAUGUUUCCUACAAUUGGAGUCUCUUUCACGUCAUGUUUGCUUUGGCCACGCUCUACGUCAUGAUGACUUUGACUAACUGGUACUCUCCUGGCAGCGACGUGUCCAUCGAGUCCAUUAACAAUAACAUGUCCGCGGUGUGGGUGAAGAUCAUCUCCGCUUGGCUUUGUUUUGGAUUGUACAUCUGGACAUUGGUUGCUCCUGCCGUCCUUCAGGACAGGGACUUCUCGGUCUAAGGUCUCUCUGGGAGGUUUGGCAACUUAGGUCUCCAAAUUGCCGCACUCAUACCAAGCAAGAUAUCUCGAUUUCUUUGCUAAUACUGUAAUGGUUUCGCCAAUUGAUAACCCUCUUAACUCAAUGGGCAUAUCAAAACCCCAUCCAGUCUAGUCAUUGUCAAACUAUCUUCACAUUCAGCUAGAUGGACUUAUUGUACUUGUGCUUAUGUACCACUACCCACACCCUUUUUUCCGGAAUAAAUUUCUCAGAUGUU